GUUAUCAUUAUCCAUAACAGAAAAAGUUAUAAAAAUUUCUAAGCCCACACAUAUAACAGAUUUGAAAUUCUUAUUUUCACAUAAUUUUGAUACAAUUCUAUUUCAGGUACAAUGCCAGCACUGACCAAGUAGGCAUGAGUCUGUCCACUUUCAAAACCAAAGAACUUCACCCUCUGGGGUCACUAUUUCUGAAAACACUCAGCAUAUUUGGUCUGGUCCAUCUGAGGUCUGGGAUAGGUGAGGAUGGAGAAUACUCUGAAUGCAAUAAUCUGACCAUUAUCAACCUGAUGCUCAAGAUAUUUGGUCCUAUGCACGAAAGGAGUUUAGUAAUGUCACUGCUCAGUAUACAGAUACUUUGCAGUGGUGUGGCAUUUCUGAUCAGGUAUCCAUUAGCUUGGGUGUUCUAUGACAUUUGAAUCUUAUGCUAUUUCUCUUGCUACGGUUAAAUAUUAAGAGCUUUCCAUCAUUGGGAAUAAAUAGUUAUGAAGAAGCUGAAGCUCUGUAUUAAUAGAUGUGAAGAUACUCUUUGUUAGAUGCCUUCAAUAAACUAGGUCAGCAGGCUAUUCCACUUAGGAUUGUUUUUUAUGGGUGUGCCCAGUUCUGCAGUAGUCUCAUUUACCAACCUGGGGAGUUAUCAACCAAGACAGCUGCAAUCUGCUUUUUAAGUUAUUGUUAUUUCAUUUUUAGUCAUUAAUUAUUAUUAUUAUUGAUGCUCAUUGUACUGUGCUUGUUUUUUAAGCACUGACUUUCUGGUCAAAUUUUGAAUUGGUGAAAUGUGAGAGGUUUUUGGUGGAUUUUGUUGAACUGGCCUAAAAAAAAAAGUUGACUACUCAGAGGAUUUCCAUGAAAGUGAUGUUACACUGUUCCUGAUAGGGUAAGAUGUGUGCUUGGGGCCAUGUAACUAUGGUAGUUAAGUUCUUAGCCAGGAAACCUGUGAAACUGGGACCUGGAUGAGUGUCAAGAGUCCAGGACUAUCCUUUUUCCAAUCAAAAAGAUUACACUGUCAACUCAGUCUAAAUGGUCAAUACAGGGAUUUAUAUUCUCAGAAGAUAUUAGUAAAAUGAGAGAUUUCUUGCUAUAUUUGACCACAUCAAUUUGCUAUAUGUAUAACACCUUUCAAACUUUUUAUUGUAUGGUGUAGGUGUAAGGAGUUAAUCAUUGUGCAAAGAGAUUACUGUACUAAUAUCUUUUGUUAACAGAAUGCAUCAUAUUAUAUGUGAUACAUAUUAUGAAAGAAUAUGAUUUAACUGCAUAAAUGGCCUCUCCUUAGAAUAAAUGUCAA